GGUGCCCAACUCCGCCACGAAUAUAUUGGUGUCGUCCGGUGUUUGGUGGUUGGAAACGAGAAAAAAGCACCUCUCAAUUGUAACUGCAGGAGUGGGAUGGUUGGGCCUCGAUUGGAUACAAUACCGUACGGUAAUUUCUGCUGCUUUGCGCGCUUGUCAUGGACUACAAGUACGACACCAUACGGGCGAUGUAAAAUUAAAGUUGGAACUUCCAUGCGCAUCGGAGAGUUUCUGAGUCAGCAGUGAUUGAUGAGCUGCGCGAUGUAUCCGUAUGGCGUCUCCUCGGCACUCCGUACUUCGCAUGAGAGACAGCGUGGACUUUAGAUUGGAGGCCUUUCCCUGUGCCACCACGGCCGCUGGCUUCGCUGAUGGUUCCUUGUUAGCUCCUUACUUUCUGGCCAGGGUUUGAAGCAUACUCGCCUACACUAUCGGUAUAUCAAGGAGUACUAUAUGGAGAUGGAUAACAUGAGCAUGGACCUCCCUCAUACCACAGAGUUCAUCAACAGGAUCCUUUCCCAAGUAUCACGAUGCGUCACAUCCACCACACCGCCACCAGGAGAAGGUGGACUCGAGAACCAAACACAGCGUCAUCCCCGCCUGACCCAAUCCCAGCCGACAUCCGCAUUUCCAAACUCACAACUAACAAACUUAAAACCGUUAAUGCUGACGCUUCACUGCAUUUUUCCGAAUGAGUUCCUCCUCGCACUGGACAUACUGGAUAGAGGACUCGUUAGACGUGUCCGCACACGGUGUAGAAACGAGUCUAGAGAGAGAGAUGGGGAAGAAGCGCACGCCAAAAAGGAACCCGUUGGGCUUCAACCCGACGACGGAGACAAAGACAAGAACAAAAGUAGCGAGACACAACAAGAAGAUUUUUUUUUCGUCACAUCUGCUUCAAUAGCUCCCAGUGCGUUGAGGCCAUCAUAUCCCGCAUCUCAAUCUGGCGGGGCCCAAAGCCAGUUGCAAACCCAAAAACAAUGGCAGGAAAAAGGUUACGAAGUCCGCCUCCAAGCAUGGAACUGCACUUGUGCGUCCUUUACUUUGUCUGCAUUCAGCGGCCUAGGCCCAGAGCCAUCAUCGCCCCCACCGUCUUCGUCAUCUUCGGACCAGGGAAGGGAUAUAGAAGGCAAUGACAGUCCUAUGGCUGCCUAUGAUCAUGGCGGCGGCGCUAACGUGGAUGCUCACGCCUUUGACACGCCUGCUUACUCCUUUGGUGGCACACUGCCUCUGCGUCCGGAGUCAGCGUCUCCCGUCUGUAAACAUAUUCUGGCUUGUUUGCUUGCUGCGCUUUGUCCAGGCCUUGGUGGAGGAGAUGAAGCGACUGGUAGUUGGCAGUUAGUUAAUCUUGACGGGGAUGAGAUUGCCGCACUGUGUGCUGGUUGGGGUGGGUGAAUUCGUGGCUUUCUAUAUGAGAGAUUACCUAGCUUGCAUAUAGCAUACCGGACAUGGUGUUUGAUGAGACGGCUUUAUGACUUAUUUAACCUCUGUUGAAUUGCCACUAAGUACACUAGUCUCUAAUCCUAAGUGGUAAAUUGACCUGAGUUGAAUAAUGGGACAGUUAGAACAGUUAGUCACUGGGUAUAUCUUCAGGAUGACCUAGCCCACGAUCUUAACAAAACACAAUUACUCUACAUUAAUUAGAUACGAACUAAUAAAUUAACAUCAAGGAAGC